CUCCAUGCUCCCAGAAGCCCGAGGAAGAUGAGGGGGAAAGGUCUAGGCAGCUGUUUACAAGGAAAAUGAUUGGAUGAGAAACACACGAGAGGAGGCUCUUUGCUACUGUAUCAACAAGCGCAUCCCUGUACCCCCAAGAUGGCAGCCAUCCUGACAGCCAGACCCAAGGUGCCAGUAUCUUUUGAGGAUGUUGCCGUGUACUUCACCAAGACAGAAUGAAAGCUUCUGGAUCACAGACAAAGGAAGCUGUACAAGCAAGUGAUGCUAGAGAAUCACCACCAUUUGGUGUCAGUGGGUGACAGGAUGAAUAGCACGCUGACAAUUUCAAAGGAGAAAAAUUGUCCAAAAGAACUCCCAGGGGCCGAUCUUCAGGUUGGCAACAUGGGCCAGGUAACUGGGCAGUCGGAGGAAACACUUGAGAACAGACAGAAACAUGCCUGUUGUCCACAGACAAGUUCCAGCAGGGAUGACCCUCCUGAGGAGAAAGGCCAAGGCAGCUCCCCAGGUGAGGGAAGAGAGAUGCAGGGAAGCAGCUGCGGAGGUAAGCAGGAUUUGGUUGUAAGGCAGCCGAGUUUCAAAGACACAGAGAGGCGGUUCGUGUGUCAGCAGUGUGGGAAAUCCUUUACCCGGAACUCCAACCUCGUCAAGCACCAAGUCAUCCAUAGUGGCGUGAAGCCCUUUAAGUGUGGUGAGUGUGGGAGACAUUUUCAGCGCAAGUUCUCACUCAUGGAGCACCAGCGCACCCACAGCGGUGAGAAGCCCUAUACAUGUGGUGAGUGUGAAAAGACUUUCACACGUGGCUCCAGCCUCAUGAAACACCAGAUUAUCCACACUGGCGAGAAGCCCUAUGGGUGUGAUGAAUGUGGGAAACGCUUUGGGCGCAAAUUCACACUCAAGGAGCACCAGCGCAUCCACAGCGGUGAGCGGCCCUACUCCUGUGAUGUGUGCGGCAAGGCCUUCACCAGGAGCUCCAACCUAAUGGAGCACCAACGCACGCACAGCAGUGAGAAGCCCUACACAUGCAGCCAGUGCCCAAAAGCCUUCAAGGGCAUCUCCCAGCUCACUCACCACCAGCGUGUCCACAAGGAAGAGAAGCCAUUCAUGUGCAAGGAGUGCGGAAAGGCCUUCCGGGGGCAUUCAGGCCUCAACCAGCACCGCCGGGUGCACACCGGUGAGAAGCCCUAUGAGUGCAGUGAGUGUGGGAAGACCUUCAGCCGGCGAUUCAACCUCCUCAACCACCAGAUAGUGCACACUGAGAAGAGCCCCUACGUGUGUCAAGAGUGCGGAAAGGCGUUCCACCACAGCUGUGCCUUCCUGAAGCACUGGCACACCCACAGCCGCCCACAGCCCUGUGCCUGCGGCCACUGUGAUGACUGCAACCAGGCCUCCAAGGAGAAACCACAGCCUGACCAGCAGCCGAGAAUUCACCAGAACCUCUUGGAAGGGAACAACUCAGAGAUGGACCUGGCCUGCCUGGACCUCCAAAGAGCCGCUGCAGAGUCCCGCCCAGAGAAUGAGAAUCACCUUCAAGACUCCAGCUGUGCCACUGCCCCAGCACUGCCAUCUGACUGAGUGCUCUGCAGGAGGGCUGACUUGAAGAUGAGCCCUCCUAGUCCCCCUCCCUUCCCUCGUUGAUGAUGCAGUUGUACCCCAGAGACUGCACUGAAGACUGGCCCUGUAUCACAUUUGUAUUCCUCACUGGAGCAGCUGAAAGUGCCCUUGCCCCUCGUGCCUGGGGCCUGCAUGCUGUGGGUGGGAGGGAGCGAGUGCUUUGAGUUAAGUAGUGACCCAUAUCAUCUCAUAGGGGGCCUUCCCUUCAUCCCAAGACUUGUUAGUGUUUUCAGGUAGAAGACACAAAGAGCACUUUAAUCCUUUAAAAGCUUAGUAGUGGAAGGGACUUGACAGCACUCAAAAUUGUGGGCUGUGGCUGGACUGUGACAUCACCUAAAAUUCAUCAGAAAUGGUCUGAGAAAGGACUCAGAGACUGCGACGGUAAACUGCUCGUGCCCUCUUUGUGUGCCCACACCUCAGCCCACGGAGAGUGGCGUCUCCCCAGGGGGUAAUUCACAGGACACCCUGCUUUUGUGCUGAGCAGUGGCCCAUACUUUUUCCAGGCCAUUUGACUUUGUGCCUGAAAGCCGCAGCCUCCCACGGGCACCGCCAGCUGCUUCCAGGAGAAGCAGCACCCAGGACCCAUCUUUUCGGAGCUCAGGGAAUUUGGGAGGACAGCUUCCCUGGGCCCUUCAAAGAGGAUGAGGCCUGGGGACUCUCGGCUUCCCCUCCCAGAGAGAGGAGCCCUUGGGCUCAGGUCCCUCCCAGCUGCCACCAGCUGCCCUGCUGCCUUUUGUCUCCUACCCGCACCCCAGCUCACCCCACCCACUGCCUCCAGAUUCAGCCUGCAAGGGCCGGGCUGGCCUGUCUGCUCCUCCUCCCCACCCUCAGUGCCUAAAGCGCCCAACUUAAGUUGCUUCUCCCCCUGAAACAGCAGCCCCUCAUGCCUAGUGCUGAUCAGGAGGAAAGCAGGCCAGGUUAGGAAUUUGCACAGAGCAAGCCCAGUAAUGGCUCCUGCUUUCACAUGGUGUUUGUUACAAUAUUAGAGGUUCAGUUGCUUUUCAUGUUUCUGCAUUCAGGUGUAAUGUAAGUCAUAGUAGAAAUUUUUGCUAUAGGGGAGUGUCAGGAAAUCGCCCCUUAAAUAAGAAUCCUUCCAACCCUCUCAGAAGACCUCAGGAAGGAGAAAGGGGCCUACCUCAGGCCUGACGGUCAGUUAGCUUGCUGGCAAGCCUGGCUCGUCUUCUCACUCCCUCCCCUAUCCCUGCAGAGACAGGGUGAAGCCUUCAAAUGGCACUUUACUGCAGGCCACCCUCUGCCCACCCUACCCACAGAGACUCUGCAGGGGAGAGUUUGUGCUGCCUGGGGGGAAGUUGCUGGCAGGUCUGGAUUGUUCUGCCCACACUGUCCCCAGAGCUGGGACCAGGAAUUCUGCCCCUUGCCCUUCUCAGCCCUGCAUCCCAGUUGGAUCGCCACCUGCCAGCCCCCUUCAUCACCCGCCAGGGUCUUUGGCUCAGUCACACAGGCUGCCAGAGGGCAGGCAGGUGGUGGGUGUGCUGGAGAUUUCCCCCUCUGGGCCUCUGAGAAGCACGCACUUCCCCUGUCAGAAACUGGGCUUGGAAGUGCAGGGGUCCUUCUGCACAUGCUGCUUGGAGCACCCACUGCUUGAACGACUCUGAAAGUGAGAGGGAGAGAAGGAGAUAGAGAUUGACUCAUUUCAUACAGUUAUAUGACCGUCACUUGUGCACAUUUGUGACUUAGGAAAAGUUCUUUAGUUGUUAUAACUUGCUUUUAUUUCAGCCUCUUUUUGCUCUGUGUGUCACGUUGUCUUUGAGCCCAGCAUUUAGUAAAUAUUUGUGAAAUGAAUCUUGUCCCCUUAGCACAUUGACCUCAGGUUUUAGACCACAGUUGGCUCCAACCUUACCUUUUGGCAGUGGAAAGUAUUUGCAGCUUUGGAUUUUCCACUAGAAAAAAGAAGUUUUAAAGGAGUGUUGUCUUUGGACUCUCUGGUGAGGUCACUGGGAAGCGUGUUGUUUGUCUGAGGUGCCAGACAAUCUGUCUUAAGGCAGCAGGGCUUCAGGAAGCCCAUCUCCACAAUGGGCAGGGGACAGGGGCCUGAGGCCAUGUGCUUGGGCUCUGGUCCCCUUUUUGUUCAGCUGAGGACCCAGGAUAGGGGCAACAAUUGCUUCAUGACGGACCCAGAAGGCGCGUAAAUCCAUGCACAAUGCUAUCCAUUUCCAUCGCUCUAGAAAGUGAAUGGCUUCACUCCUAUGGGUCAGUAACCAACUUUUAAUAAAGAAAAGGUGUAUCUCCCCAGUACAGCAUCAUCCCAUUGGUUCCACUGGAUAAGCUGACUAAAUUUUGAACGUGAGCACCUUUUUUUUACCUUGGUACCCACCUAGAGAUGACUAGAUACUGGGGGUACAGGUGGUGAUGUCUGAUUUUUCAACAGAAAGUGGACUUUCCUGGAGAGAUGCAAGCAGAGAUGCCAGGAACAUGUGCUCUGGUCUCAGUGCCCUGAAAGGCUCCAGGGUUUCUAAGUGCUUACCCAGAUAUCUGACAUGUAUAAGUGAUGCAUCUUUGGUUUGGCAUUUCUCCAUUUCAUCUCACUCCUCUUCAUUAGAUUUUCACUCCUCUUCAUUAGCACAUGUGGUGGUAAUCAAUCGGGUGUGCAUCAGGAACUAAACGGGUAUCACAUGGAAUCAUCCAGAAUGUCCAGAGAGGAUGCUUGCUAUUUGCCUUCUACAAUGCCUUGAAAUCGGGCUCCCCUCUCACUAGGUGGGGAACUGCGAUUGUGGCCCACACUUGCUUUCUGAUGACGACUGGAGUGUAAAAGCUGAGACUGUUGGGGAAUGUCUUGCCUGCUUUUCACCACCUGCCCCCCAACAAAAUUCACACUCCACACUUCUGGACUGGGCUUCAGCUCCAGAGAUGACCCUGUCGGAUGCUGGAUCAGCCUGUAGCACAUGAUUUGCUCUUCCAAAUUUGGGACACUUUUCAAGAGCUGUUUAAGUGCUGCGGCAGUAUCUUCUCAUAACUGGUCAACUGUCCCAACUGAAUUAUUUGACUUUGGGUGUAAACAAAUAAGGAAGGUCCGGGUGUUGGUUUGAAGUAACAGCAGUUUGGUGAAAGGUCUCAGGAAAGUGUGCUGACCUAGACUGGGGGAGGGGGAGCCAAGACAGUGUGUCUGGGCGUGAAGGGAAGCCAGGACCCCUCCAAGCGGAGCUGCACAGAGACCAAGGGCGGCCACCCAAGGCCACUGGGACUCCUAGAGCAGGAAGGCAGAGCACCCUUCAGUGACCUGGUGUCUUAGACCUUUUGCUUACAUUGCCUGCAAGGCUCGUUCCCCUUUGCGAAGCUGCCUGGUGCCUGAGAAGAGGGCUCAGGAUUCUGUUGCCAUUGUUGUUGAAUGUCCUUAGUUUCUAACUCUUUACUGGAUGGCUUCCCC